AUGUGGGAACAUCAAAAAUCUACUACGGCUACGACCCGGAUCAUCAAAAUAAAGGAUCUUUCGCCCAUGGUGUUGACAUGCAUUAUUGGCUCGACACCACGCGUGGACGUCAAUUAUGUGGCAAAUUUUUUUGACCGCCAUCUCAAGCUCAUGAACUGGGGUAAAGUGAACUUGAACAAGUUCCAGGACAUGGGCUGGAGGUCGUACACUCUAGAGUACCAUUUCGUCUUUUAUCAUGUGUCUCUCGACUACGCAGAGCCCGAGCAAGUUCAACACGAUCCAAGAGACUGGCGUAGAUCUGCUUCUUUCGGGCGGGAGAUACAAGGGAGUACUCGUUAUAUCCACGAGGCGACAACGUCGUUCCUUCUCGUUGGUCACUUCAGUAAUGUGUCUACUUGCAUCCAACUGGAAGAGGCGUACUAUAAGGACCCUUACUCAAAAGGCACCAGCAGUCGAUCAUUCCAGUCCUUCGACGCCCACCAACCGCCAGCCAUGCUCUUCCUAUCCUGGAUCGCUGUAGCCUUGCACCAUGUGUUGUGCAAAUGGCAGCGAGCUAUAGAUGCGGUAGACUCCGAAAUAACAUUUCCAGCAGAAGUGGUGUUCAGUCGGGACAGACUAUUGCUCAUGACCGAUGAUCUCAAAUUCUCUCACGCGAAAACGUAUUACUGGGCUCUACAGAUUUACAAGCUUUUUGAGCAAACUCUCAGCGAUACUAUCGAGUCUUGGGAGAACUUCGAGAAGGAAUCGCUACCUAGGCUACAGCAUUCGAAGCUGGACAAAAGAGAAUGGGACAUCAAGAUAGAGAACAUCAAAGCAGGCAUAUCGCAACUUCGGAGCAAGACGGAUAGAGUCAAAGAACGGAUUAAUCAUGUCAAAGACCUACGUGAGGGGCUGGCCUCCGCAUCUGCAUUGUUCGACAGUCGCGCCGCUAUUUGCCAAGGGGACAACAUCCGAUUGCUCACUUACGUUGAUUUAUUGUUUCUUCCUCUAUCUUUUGGGACGAGUAUCUUCGGCAUGCAAAUCAUGGGCAGUGGUAAUGGAACACUCCAUGCUUUUGCAAUAACGCUCCCUUCGAUAUUUAUCGGAACUGUUCUUCUUAUCAUGAACCUUCAGAACAUCUUGAAUGCCUGGGAUUCCAUCAUUGGAGGCACGGCAGUCUGGCUUCUCCACAAUAUGCGCCAUCAUAGAAGGAAAGACUGGAAACAGCGUGCCUAUCAGGUUGAGGAAGACUUCGCUGCAACCCAUACACCGGUUCUCAGAACGCGGCGAAAAACAGGAGGCUGGGUAUACCUUAUGUUUAUUUUCGAAGUAGUACUUGUCGGCGUCCCCACUAACGAAGUGCUGGUCGCUCGGGAACUCUACAACUCCCUACUCAAGAAGAUUCGGACCCCACGCUCGACUCUAGCAACCGCUUAUAAUGUUGAGGAUGCUUUAGUCAGCAUGAGGACGAUACUUGUCAUAAUGGAGGCUCAGAGGCUACGGGACGAUGACGACAACAAAGCACAAAAUCAACGAGCAUGGAGACAAUGGACCACAAAGAUCGUCUUAGGAAUGUUAAAAGUUGUCUGGACGCUGACCAGAGUUUUGUUCCUUCCGAUAUGGAUACCUCUUCUCGUCAUCGAGUACCUUCUCCUAGUAAUUUACCUGCAAUGGGCGCCUAUGCCGCAAUCUCACACUAUCGCACAACAAUCGGAACUAGAUUCGAAAGCAAUGCCACGUUCUUCAUGGCUACGUGCCUUUCACAUCCUGGGUUUGGAUUCUCCAGUUCCUGAUCCCGAGCCGAUGCCAACAAUGGCACCAAUUCCAAGCGAAGAAGACCUUCCGCUUCGCAAAAUCGUACGCAGAGCCACUGAGAUGGAGAAGAGGAAGAAGAAGACGAGAAGGGCAAGCAUUAUCGGCACCGAAAAAACGACAAGCGCUAGUAAUAUGGGCAGAGGGAAAUUGAGCGUGGACUUGGCCCCAGUACGCGAAAGUACCGAGGAGAAUAGGGAGAGGAAAGGUCCUAUAUCGCCUUUAUCAACGAGACCGCUCUCGCAGAUCUCUAUAGUGGACUCUACAGGGGCUCGGAGUUCUUGAUGGUACUCAUGUGCUCAUAUCGUUCCAGCACACUUAAACAUUUUGGUUGCAUUCCCGUUGAUUAUCCUGAAAAGAGCUGAUGCCAUGCCUUACAAUUCGAGGUACUCAAGAUCCCAAAGUUAGUCAUCCGCGAAUCUCAAUCGGCGCGUUGGGUUUCCAGAAUCUCAGUGUCAUAUGUUGUCAGCUACGAUCAUAGGUUCAUGCCUACAUUUAUUUUGAAUUACGAAUCAGUUCAGACUUCUCGGAAACGAAUCUAGACUCACAAAUACUCUCC